AUGCAAGAUACGAAUCGUAUAUCCAAAAUACACCGACGCUCCAAUCGACACGACAACCUCAUGGACGUUUUCGUACGGCAUCUCACAGUCGAAACACAGCUCUUGAAUGCUUGCAGGCAUAAACAGGCAAAGCAUGUGGAACACAUUCUCGAGCAUAGCGCCAUCAAUCCAGACACUGUUCGGGAUCGACUCUUACGCACACCUUUGCAUAUUGCUUGUUCACGAAAAGACGACUUUCAAGAAGCAACCAACAUAGCACGGAUAUUGAUUAAGCAUGGAGCCGAUGUGAAUAAUGGUGUUGGGGAUGAGAAUGGCAUGCAUCCAAUGCAUAUGGCUGUAUUGGCCGGUAACAUUGAAUGCGUAUUGUUAUUGUUGGAGCAAGGAGCGAGUGUACCAGCAUCUGAUCCAUUUCGUCUUACACCAUUGCUUCUCGCCAAGCUGAAAUUGGAUAAUCUACGACAAAGUCGAUUGUACAGCAAACAAGAGAGCCUGAGUAGCGAAACGAGUAAUGCAUUACAGGAAUAUCGAGAUCUUCAAUCGAUCACCAAAGUUCUCGUCACACAUCUUGCCAACAACCAUAUCACCAACCAUGGCAUGCCAACACACUAUGGAUUGUCAGAUCGUUUCUUUUCAAAGGAGGAAUCCGAAAAACAGUUGAACGAUGCCAUCCUCAGUAUCACAGACCAAUUAUCCAGCAUUUGUGUCCAAGAAAACAACAGGCUGCCCUCAUCCCAUGAGAAUGAUCCCGCCCUGCAAGAUGUCAUGAACAGUCUUAUGGAGAAGGUGCGAAGAUUGAGAAUAGAGGAGACAGCGGUAAAAUAG